AUGAUCUUUGGCAAAAAAUCACUUCAGUUAAUCUAUUCAAACUACUGCUUAAACAAUUGGACACUCUACUGUUAAUCAAUUGUAAAUGACACCUAGACUAUUAAAGUACAAGACGAUAAUAUCAACUACGAGAUUUCUAUUGAGUUUACGAAUUAGAUUGAGUUCAACACACAGGAGUAUUUUUUAUUCAUCAGAUCAUCCUUUCUAUCACUAAUGAAGGCUGUUAAGUUUGAGUAAAUAGGAAGAAAUUGUUUCGAUUCGUCCAGGUCAAUCAAGUUUUAGCAGCAUAAAAUGGAAAUUUGGCCCGGCUUUGAUAUCAGACUCACUUAAAGAGAGGCAGGGAUCUUUUUAAACAUUGAGCCUUGCUACAAAGUUAUCAGAAAUGAGACUGCACUUGAGUAUAUAUUGUUUAUCAAAGAUAUGUGUGAAAGUAGAGGACUAGAUUUCUUCAAGGAAAUAUAGAAAGAAAUGGAAAAUAGUACUGUCAUUGCCAUCUACAGUAACAAGGCUUACAGAAUUAGUAAGGUUGAUUUCGAUGUCUCACCACAAUCCAAAUUUUCAUUUUAAGGCUAAGAUAUUAGUUUCCUAGAGUACUAUAAAUCAAAAUAUAAUGAGAUAAUUUCUGAUCAGAACUAACCUCUGCUAUUGAAUCUUGAUAUGAGGACAGGUAAAGUAACUCACCUCAUACCUGAGCUUUGUAAAAUGACAGGCAUAACGGCAUAGAUGAAAGAUGACUUUAAAAUAAUGAGAGAGAUCAAAUAAUUCACACACUCUGAUGCGCCACUUAAAGUGAGAGAUUGCUAAAAGUUAUUUUAGUAACUGGCAGAAAAUAAAUACUGCAAAUUCCUUAUGGAUCAACUUGACUUUAAGUUAGUAGAUAGACCUCUUUAAGUUAAAGGUUAUAAGUAUGAGAGCGGUAAUAUGAUCAUGGGCAAAGCUAGUGAAAGAGGCGAGGAGAGAAUCAAAUUUGAUAUUGAGUCUAAUGGUCGAGACUUAGAUAGAAAAACCUAAUGUAGGAUGUACGACUAGCCCUAAUUGCUGAAAUGGGGGAUCUUCUACCAAGAGAGAGAUAGUGGCAUAGCUAAAGAUUUCUUGAUUAACAUGGAGAAAAGCAUCUUAACCUUUGGAUAUCCAGCCAAGCAAAUGGCAAGCUUUGUGGUAAAAGGAAACACAUAUGAGACAUGGAGACAGACACUUCUAGUCAAGUUAGAUUCAAGUGUUUAAGCUAUAGUCUUGAUUUUACCAGGCUAUAAAGAUCGAUGCUAGUUAUAUCCUGAGAUAAAGAGAAUGCUUCUUGAGGAAAUCCCAGUAAUCUCCUAGGUUGUAUUAACAAGUACUCUCCUCAGAGGAAGAAAUGUAAGAUCAAUUGUAAGCAAGAUACUAAUUCAGCUAUGCGCUAAAAUUGGUGGAAUUCCUUGGAUUGUGGACAAGAUGCCCAUCCUUGACAGACCAACUAUGAUCUGUGGAAUGGAUGUUUAUCAUAUGACCUCGAUGGGAAAGCGAUCAGUUUUAGGCUUCUGCUCCUCAUACAACAACAGUGCCACAAAGUAUUGGUCAAAGACCGUGAUUCAGGAUUCAGGUGUUGAAGUUUCACACAACUUGCAAGUUCUCAUAGAAAAGGCCUUGAGAAAGUUCUAAAAAGUAGCAGGCAUUUUCCCCGAGAAGAUCAUAUUCUACAGAGAUGGUGUUGGUGACAAGCAACUUGAAAGUGUCUCAAGCAUGGAAAUUGGUCAGAUUAUGAGUGCUCUGAAGGAUCUAGAAAUGAAGCAAGAUUAGGUUAAGCUAAUGUACAUCAUCAUUAAUAAGAGAAUAAACACUAGACUGUUUGCAUAGGGUGAGCUAGAAAAUCAUUUCAAGAAUCCUAUUCCUGGAGUUGUAGUAAACUCAGCUAUUACUGAGAAGAAUAUGAGAGAAUUUUACUUAGUAAGCUGUUAAGCCAAAUAAGGAAUGGUUAAACCAACUAGAUACACUAUCAUUCACGACUCUGUUCUCAAUAAUGAGUCAACAGAGGAGAUAGAACUGCUCACUUACAAGCUGUGUCAUACUUACUUUAACGUUGCAGGAGCUAUAAGUAUCCCUGCACCAGUUCAGUAUGCUCAUAAGUUAGCUUACCUUGUUGGAGAGAUCGGUUCAAAAGAGAGAGAACCGCCUGUUAUUCAUUAAAAAUUUGAGGAUCAAAGUGGACUGUUUUUCAUCUGA